GAUUACGUAAUCAAAACAAACUUGAGGCACGUACUGAACGUAGUCUGUACUUCAGACUCCUGUGAGUCGCUAGACUUAUUUGGCCUUUAUUAUCGUUAUAUAUUUAUUGUUGUUUUACUUUUGUGUAUUUCUUGCGUUAUAAAGGAACCUUCUUUUAGGUGUAAGCAAAUAGUUUGUGUACUUUGUGAGCGGUUACUGAGGUCCGUCUCUUGGCCAGCUGGCUGGCCUGCUGUUGGUCAGAUAGUGUUAACGUUCAGGCAGGCAGGUAUCGGGGUGGAGGUUCACCAUGCCCCAGCCUCAGCAGCCCGUGGGGAGGCAGCAGCCGCUCCCGCUGGUCCGCUCGUUGAUCAGUCGCCUCCAGGCCCAUGUGGUGUUCUGUAACCGGACUCCUCGAACCGUGAAGCUCGUCUGGAUCAACUUUAACGGAGAGCCGCAGUCCUACGGAGACCUGCAGCCGCUGACGGGGAGGAGGGUGACUACUUAUGUGGGGCAUCCCUGGAUGUUUCGUGAUUCUGAGUCUGAUGAUCCCCUCUUGGUGAACAAUAAGGAGAUGUACUUACCCAGUGCAUCGGAAAAUGGCCAGGUGUCACUGGCCAACAUCACAUUACCAGUGUUCUCGCUGCGAGAGCGCUGUCUGCAGGUGGUGAGGAAGCUGGUGCGUAGUGAAGAUUUCCCUCGCUUAGAAAUUGCUCGCACUCUACAAGAUGAACUUGCUCAGAAACCCAGCAUCCGUGCUGACCUGCAGCGCAUCAGCCGGAGAGUGGAGCAAAAACUACUGGAGAACAGAGAAGCACAAAACACGUGAAUUUGUCAAAGGCUAUCUUUAUUACUGUGUAUAUUUAUUAGCUAUACAUGCAUUCAGAACACAUGCUGUCCUAGAAGAUGGCAUUAUUUUAUUGAAUAAAAUGGACAGUGUAAAUUUUUAUUUGAAAGCUCAGUGUAAUUGUGCGGUGUACUUGUCUUUGCAGAGCACCCAUUUUCACUUGCCUUUGGACACGUAUCAUUGUUCCUCUUGCUGCUCUGUUUCUAUCCAACCAGUUUAUGUAAACACAUGUUUUAAAUGUUAAGUCCAUGAUUAAAGCCAGCAACAGGCCAGGUAGUUUGCCUGAAUGGAGGUAGGUAUGUGGUAAUAGUGGAUGAUAGACCUUUGUAAUAGUGUUGUACUUCAGAAACUUCACUAAAUAAUUGAUUAUAUUUACUUGUUGUAACCAAUAAAACAGCUUUAUUUUCAAA